CGUUAAUUGUGGUUUGUAGAUAUGGCUUUUGUAGUACACGUAAUCCAUUUAUGUAGUGCUACUUUAUUUGUUUUUGGUACAUAGUUUUUUUUUGCUAAGAUCAAAUACGUAAGUCUGCUGUUGCGGUAGUUCAAAUGGUUCUGCAACUUUGAACUACUUUGUUUCCAUAAUUCGGUAUUGCAAGCGCACAGAUAACAGGACCUUUUAAAGUGUCCAAUUAUUGUUUCAAAUUAAAGUACGAUAAUAAGCGCCGUAUCUAGGAAAAAAAGCGCUGUGUUUUAUUGCAGUGACAUCGUUUGAGGAAACCCAGUGACGUUGGACAACGUGUCGCUUUGCGUUGUUGGGAAGUUGUCGUUCUUCGUUGUAAAUCUGUCAGGUAGGACGGGAAACGUCAAAUCGGGGUGGAAAAAACAGGCAAAAAGGGCCGAAAAUGGAAUCGAAACCGUCGAAACCCGACAUUGAUGCUGUUUUCCAUCGUCUGCGUUCAAUUCCAGCGAACAAAACAUGCUUUGAUUGUAGUGCAAAAUACCCAACAUGGUCCUCAGUGACCUAUGGUGUUUUCAUCUGCAUAGAUUGCUCAGCUGUGCACAGGAAUCUCGGAGUGCAUCUGACCUUUGUCAGGUCCACCCAAUUGGAUACAAACUGGACUUGGGUGCAGUUAAGGCAGAUGCAACUAGGAGGCAAUUCCAAUGCUCAACAAUUCUUCUCACAACAUAAUUGUAUAACAACAGAUGCCCCAAAGAAGUACAAUUCCAGGGCUGCCCAAUUGUAUAGGGAGAAGCUGAACAAUUUGGCUUUGAAUGCUGUGAGAAACAAUUUGGAGUUGAGCUGUAUUGAUACUACUAUACCUCACACGAAUAAGCUUCACAUAAAUUCCCAUGUUGAAGAAAAACAGGAAGAAAAGGAAGUUGACUUUUUCACAGAGCAAGAAAACUUUACUUGCCCCGACGUUGCGCCAGCAGUUGAAAGAAAACCGGUGAGUAUACCGAAGCAAGAUGUCCUUGACAAAUCUGCGCAGUUGGAGGAUGGACCAACCGUGGAUUUCUCGGCACCGAUCGAGGAAAGGAAGUCCACGAUUGGAGUGAGAAAGAUUCAGUCCAAGAGAACUGGCUUGGGUGUAAAGAAAUUGGGUGGUUUGGGAGCGACGAAGGUGAAAACGAACUUUGCCGAUUUGGAGAGGGAGGCGGCCAUGGCCGAAGAAUCACGAUUGAGGGCGCACGAGGAGACUGUAAAGCAGGCCAGGGCCGCCUGCUUUACAGACUCUGAACAGGAGCAGGUGGAGAAGGAAGCGGCGAUGCGAUUGGCUUACAAAGAUCUAAGCGCGCAGCAGCAUAAAAAGGAGGAGCAAUUGAGGAAAAUGGAUCCUAAGAAGGCGGAUCAAAUGGAGCGUCUGGGAAUGGGCGUCAACAACACCAAAACCGGAAUCAGUCACUCGAUGUUCAGCGAUAUGCAAACCAUCGAGCAAGAGAAUUUGCAAACUACUCCAAGUGCACUCAGCGGUUUGGGCAAGCUGCGGAUAACCGAAAUCAAUGAUAACUUCUUGGACGAUUUAUCUUCGUUCUCCUCGUUCAGUAUGAACAGGAACGUGAACAAUUCCAAAGAUCAAUGGGUUGUAGUAGACGAUCCUCCUAGCACCAGAUCCAAUAGCAGUGGCAGCAGCAAACACACCGAACGUAGCGCUCCGAAGAAUUACGAGGUGUCCACGACCGACGUUGCCCAGAAGAAAUUUGGAAACGCGAAAGGAAUUUCGUCUGAUCAGUAUUUCGAUGACGGUAAGAAGGACUACGAAACUCAGGCGGCUUUGAACCGAUUCCAAGGAUCAUCCAGUAUUUCUUCGUCAGAUUUCUUCGGCACCGGCCAAAACAACCAACAAGCUAACUCUUUCCAAACACCCGAUCUUGAGGAUGUGAGAGAAAGCGUUCGCCAGGGAGUGACUAAAGUUGCCGGUAAACUGAGCUCGUUAGCCAAUGGAGUCAUGUCUUCGUUACAAGAGAAAUAUGGCUACUAGCAUUUAGUGGAAUUAGAGUUAUUUUAAAAUUAUAUUCAUAUUUAAAAUUUGAGAAUUCAUGGGACAAAGUGUAUGGAUAGCGAAUUUCGUUUUCGUGUGCAAUGUAUAAAAAUGUAAAAAUAAUAACUGAUGAACGUCGCUAAGUAAGUGCAAAAAUGUGAUAUGUUGAACACGGAAAAUAAGUUUGGAAAUGAGAUCGUAACAAUCUCUGGAUGCACUCUUUUUUUACAGCAAAUGAACUUGUCCUUCCCCCCC